GCUCAGCUGCCGCCGUUCUUCCCACCCGCAGGAGCAUGCGGCUGGCUUCCGUGGUCCUUCCUGGCCUCCUGUGGCUUCAGGGCUUCGGGCUGGGCUCCGCGCACGAGGCCGUGUUUGCCGGGGCGGAAGUCCGGGAGAUCCCGGCGGCGCUGGGCGGGGCCGUCACGGAGAUCUACUUCCGGGCCACGGGCAUCUCGAGGGUCCCCAAGGGCGCCUUCCGCGGCCUGCCGGGCCUGGCCAGGGUCGAGUUCCUGCAGAACCAGCUGCGCGCCGUGGACGUGGGCGCCUUCGACCACCUGGCCGGGCUGGCGCAGCUGGAGAUCUCGGGCGCCCCCACGCUGCACGCCCUGCCGCUGGGGAGCUUGCGCCGGCUGGGGAAACUGCGCAAGCUCAGCCUGAAGAACACGGGCAUGGAGCAGCUGCCCGCCGGCCUCUUCGGCGAUCUGGGCAGCCUCGAGGAGCUCUUCCUGAACGACAACGCCAUCUGGGCGCUCCCCGAAGGCCUCUUCCAGGGGCUGCACCGCCUGAGGCUCCUGCACCUGGGCAGAAACCGGCUGGCCGCCCUGCCAGGCCGCCUGCUGCGCCCCCUGGGCCUCCUGCACGUCCUGCGCCUUGGCGACAACCAGCUCCGGGCGCUGCCCGCCGGCCUCCUGGACGGCCUCGGGGAGCUCGGGGAGCUCGGCCUGCAGGGCAACGGGCUCAGGGAGCUGCCGGCCGGCUUCCUGCGCCACCUGGCCCGGCUCGAGAGGCUGAGCCUGGAGCGCAAUGGGCUGGAGCGCCUGGAGGCCGGGGCCUUCGCCGGGGCUGCGCAGCUGCGGCAGCUCAGGCUCGCCUCCAACCAGCUCCGCCAGCUGCCCGAGCGGCUGUUUGAGCACCUGCCGCACCUGGCCGAGCUGGAUGGGAGCCGCAACCGGCUGCGCCAGCUGCCCGCCCGCCCCCCGGGGGCUGCGCCUCACGGCCUCUGCAGGCUGCUCCUCUCCCGCAACCAGCUCCCCGCCCUGCCCCCACACCCGCUGCUCCAGGGCUUCCCCAACCUGACCCAGCUGGACCUGGGGGGCAACCGCAUCGCCAUGGUGCCCCCAGACCACCUGGCGCCUGUGGCCCAUCUGCAGAGCCUCUCCCUGCAGGCCAACCGGCUCCAGAGCCUGCCCCGAGGCUUCUUCGAGAGCCUGCCCAGGCUCGCCUCUAUCGCUCUGGGGGGCAACCCCUGGCAGUGCGACUGCCACCUGCGCUAUCUCCAUCGCUGGAUCCACAGCAACCCGAGGAAGGUGCAGACAGCAGCCUCGGCAGGUGGCCGCCCUGCCUGCAGCAACCCGAGCCACCUGCAGGGCAAGAGCAUCGACUCACUAACUGAGGACCAGCUCAUCUGCCCAUCUACACUGCCGGCCUCUCGUCCCACCGGAGAGCCAACCACAAGCCCGCCAGCCACGAAGAGGGCCGAGGGGGUUGGCCUAAUAACUGCUAGGACAGCCCAUCGGCUAUUGGGAACCAGGCAGACGACCACCCAGCCACCACCAACAGGCACACAACCACCUACAACGGCCCUCCAAUCAACAACGAGCACACAACCACCCGCCCCCACACAGCCACCUGCAACAAGCACACAACCACCUCCAACCACCACACAGCCACCUACAAUAAGCAUACAGCCACAUACAACCACCACACAGCCACCUACAAGAACACAACCACCCACAACUGCCACACAGCCACAUACAACCACCACACAGCCACUUACAACAAGCACGCAAAUACCUACAACCACCACACAGCCAGCUACAACAAGCACACAAACACCUAAAGCCCCCUCACAGGCACCUGCAACAAGCACACAACUACCUCCAACCACCACACAGCCACCUACAAGAACACAACCACCCACAACUGCCACACAGCCAGCUACAACAAACACACAGCCAACAACAAGCACACAAACACCGACAACUAUCACACAGCCACCUACAAGAAUACAACCACCCACAACUGCCACACAGACAGCUACAAUAAGCACACAAACACCUACAACCACCACACAGCCACCUACAAGAACACAACCACCCACAACUGCCACACAGCCAGCUACAACAAGCACACAAACACCUAAAACCACCACACAGCCACCUACAAGAACACAACCACCCACAACUGUCACACAGCCAGCUAUAACAAGCACACAAACACCGACAACAAACACACAGCCACAUACAACCACCACACAGCCACAUACAAUAAGCACACAGCCACAUACAACAAGCACACAACCACAUACAACCAACACACAGCCAACAACAAGCACGCAGCCAACAAGCACACAAACACCAACAACCACCACACUGUCACCUACAAAAAGCACACAACCACCCACAACUGCCACACAACCACCCAGAACCACCACACAGCCUCCUGCAACAAGGACACACCCACCUACAACCACCACACAACCAUCAAUAACAAUCACAGAGCCAGUAACAUUUAUGCAACCAAUAACAACCAUUCAGCUCCCAGCUACCCCCCUAGGAACCACACAGCCCUCCCACCUACAGCCAACAACAGCCAAAAAGCCUCUACCCAAAGUGCAGACAACAACCUCAGAGCCAACAACAGCGGCACGACUCCCAACCACCCAGCUACCUACCACCACCCUAACUACCACACGACCACCAGCAGCCUCUCAGUCUACGAAGGUUCUUGCAGCAACCACAUGGCUCUCAACCCUUCUUGGGGCCCCUGCAGCCCCCCAGAUGACAACAGUGCCCCUUGGCUCAGUCAAUCCCUCCAGAGCUGAGCCCAGCCUUCCCUCCACCAGCUGCCCCCAAGUUCUGAGCGGAGGCUCACCAGGCUGGGGCCAGGGUCCUCUGACGUCCUCCGAGGGCUCCCGCAGGAGUUUCCCCCCCCAGCAUGGUGAUUGGGCUUUUGUGCUGUACAUGGUGCUGCUGUUGCUCCAGGCCUGCUGCACUCUGGCCCUGGCCAGAUGUAUGUGCCAGCUCUAUGCAGUCACUGACCAUGGGGCCUGGGGGGCUGUCAGACUGCUGAAGAUGAAGAAAGUGUAGGGGAGCCGCUCAUCCCUUCCGUGGUUGCCUUGUUCCCCAGGGCAAGCAGGAACCUCAUUGGGGCUUUGGGGCCCUGGGCUGAACUAGAUGAGGCCUUGGUGUGGGGGGGGGGGGGUUAAAGGGGUUAUA